CACGUCCAGCCUCGGGGGGCGGCGGCCGCAGCGGUGAGCCCGGGGGGGCCUCGGCCGAGGGCCCCGGCAGCGGGGCGGGCCCCGCCCCGAGGCGGGACGAUGCCGGUAAAGAAAAAGAGAAAAUCCUCGGGGGCGGCGGCGGCGGCGGCGGACGAGACCGGCCUCAAGAAAUGCAAACUCGGCAGCUAUUGCAGAUCACAAGCCUCUGGUAAAGUAAUAAGUGGAGAGGAACAUUUUUCAAGCAAGAAGUGCCUAGCUUGGUUUUAUGAAUAUGCAGGUCCUGAUGAAGUUGUGGGGCCGGAAGGAAUGGAAAAGUUCUGUGAAGACAUUGGUGUUGAGCCUGAAAAUAUUAUUAUGUUAGUUCUAGCCUGGAAGCUAGAGGCUGAAAGCAUGGGAUUUUUUACCAAGGAAGAAUGGUUAAAGGGGAUGACCUCAUUACAGUGUGACUGUACAGAAAAAUUACAGAGUAAAUUUGACUUCUUGCGGUCACAAUUGAAUGACAUUUCAUCCUUUAAGAAUAUCUACAGAUAUGCCUUUGAUUUUGCAAGGGAUAAAGACCAGCGAAGCCUUGAUAUUGAUACUGCAAAAUCCAUGUUAGCUCUCCUACUUGGAAGAACUUGGCCACUGUUUUCAGUAUUUUACCAGUAUCUGGAGCAAUCGAAGUAUAGAGUUAUGAACAAGGAUCAGUGGUACAAUGUUUUAGAAUUCAGCAGAACUGUCCAUGCAGAUCUUAGCAACUAUGAUGAAGAUGGUGCAUGGCCCGUACUUCUGGAUGAAUUUGUUGAAUGGCAAAAAGUUCGUCAAGCGUCAUAGCAAGAACAAUUCGGAAGAAAAUGCAAACGUUUUUUUGAUGCCCACCUCUAAACAAACUAAUGAGGAUUGCAUUUUCAUUCUUAUGAAAGACUUUACAGUAAUUUUUUUCCUUUUCUAAGGAAGUUUUCUUGUUACAUGUGAUAUGGGCAUUGAACCACACCUCUUCUGAGACUGAAAGUUGGAGUUUUUGUUUUGAGUCUUAUGUUUAUAGCAUUUAUUUCAGAACAAUAAAGAUUCAGACUUGUGACAAAGGCCUAAAAGUGAAGAAUGUCCCUUGAAUGUGAGUGUGGUGUCUAUUUUUAAAACCAAAUCUUUAAGAUUAUCUUUCUCAGAAGUGCCCUUUGCUAGGAAUUUUUGAGACCUUAAAAAUGCUUAACUGGCACUGUUGCUUGCUGAUGGUAUGACUGUCUUUUGCGACAAAUGUUGGAAAGAAUGACUGAUUUUUGAAAUUUGCAUAUUAAGUAUUGGUCAUGAGUUAUGCCACAGUUUUCAGCUCCUUGUGGAGAUAAAGGCCUUAAAUUCAUUUUUCUGUUCAAUACCCACCCAGUGGCAUGGCAUUUGAUGGCAGACACUUUUAAAGCGGAAAGAUAUAGAGCAUAUGGCUGCAUAUGCAGUAUGACUGGAAACUGAUUGCCUGUACUUCAGAUGAUUAGCAUAAAUAUUCUUUGGUACAGUAAGGCAGCUUCAAAUUCUUACUACAACUUAGACUUUGAAUUGCUUUGUGUAAAAAGUGCAAUUUAUAUUUUAAAAGGGAAAGCUGGAAAGACUUGGUUUCAAGGCUAGCUUUGCUUCUUAUGUGUUUUAGACUGGAAGUAUUCACAGCAUGAUUUUUUUAAUCACCGUGGAAGUAUUGCAUAAUGUAAGGCCAAAAGAGACAAAUCAUACCCAUUUGACCUGUGUAUAACAGGCGAUACAUUUUAACCCAGUUACUCAUGUAUUGAGUCCAAUAACUGCUGUGGUUGCCCUUUUAGGCAUGCAGUAUUGGUGGCAACCUUUAAAUGCAGUACAAGUUUGUUCUCUACCUUCCUGUCCAAGAGGCUUUGGACAAUGUGACUUUUGAGGAGGAAAGAGAUUUUAAUGAGUAAAUGUGGGAAAUCAGAAAUAAAAUGAGAUGAACAAGCAUUUGUAACUUGUACUUUAUUAUAUGAUUAUAUUAAUUAGACUGUGAUAAUGCCAUGAGACUCCAGUCACUUAUUAAGGCCUUGGUGUGCCAAAUAUUUCAAAAGCUUGAAGAAAAAAACAGACAAUAUAAGCUAGGCAUGACUUGAAGAUCUUUUGCCUCAGGGAAAUGACUUCUGUUUUGCACAUCUGUUUUUCAGACUAACAAACAUGAGUUUUUCCGUCUUUAAGGAAAACUUUAUUCCCAAGAUAAAUAAUUAUUUCACAGUGAGGAAAAAGGAGGGGUGAGGAGAGAGAGGAGGGAAGAAAUAAUAGUAAGAAGUGGGACAAAGUAGUAGCAUCCAUCCACAUUCUUGUUAUACUGGAGAGAAGUGCUCUUGCUACUCUCCAGAGUAGCUUGCUCUUCAGGGUGCAGGAGGUAAUGCCAGUCAGCAGUGAUCCAUGGGCAGUUUUACAAGUCACUGGAUAGUGCAGUUGAACAUUGGAAGUUUGGUUCUGCCUCAGUGGUUAAAAAAAGUAUUGAAACAGAAAUCAGCUGAGAAACUUUGAGAUAGCUGUGCUUGUACUAUGGUUAGUGUCUAUGUGCAUGUAAACAUGCACUAAAUAUUUUUCCAGCCUUUCUUUAGAAAGUACUUCAUUUAGACCUCAUGUCAACUGCAACAGUUCUCUUAAAUAUGUUACAAGUUAUCCAUUUGAAUUGCUGAUAAUUGAUUUCACCCUUAACAAGAGUGCCUUUCAUUUGGAAAUUGCUGUAUAAACAGAAAAUCAGUGCCAGAGUAAGAGUAACCUCAAGAGUACCAAGAACCACUAGUAGAGCAAGAUUCUGAAAUGCACAGGAUAAAAAUGCACCAAAUAGCUUAGGUCAAAGAAAAUACUACUGUAUACUAAAUCAUUGCAAGGGCACUGAUUCUGAAAUGACUUCCUAAAAUUCACUGCAAUGGCUAUCCCUGCUUAGUAAUGUUUAGUCCCUGUUAUACUGGGAAAUUCUCUUUCCAGAAAUUUUGAAGUACAGGUUAGAAGCUGAACAUUUUAUAGUGUGAUUAAAAAAAAAAAUCAUCUUUUUUUAGAUAAUUGCGAACUGUUGUGAAUUCAAUUUAAACUGGUUGGUCCUAGAAGAUGGUAUUAGUGUCUAACAGUAGGAGUGAUGCAUCUACCAAUUUGAGGUGGUCAAGUACUUACCGUUAAGGUAUAGGACACUAUGUGAUGUAUCAUUUGUAUCUCUGUUAAGGUUUUAUCAGUAUUGCUAUAAUAAAUCCAUGUUUCAGGGA